UCCUGAUACUUUUUGGGAUCUGGAGUUCUGGGGCUUUGUUGUUUUCUCUCUCUCUCUCUUUUUUAUUUUGGUAUCAGUUGGUUUCAGUUUCUGGUCUCAGAACUGUGUAUAAAUUCCUUGUAAUCCCUGAAACUGUAUCGGGUUCUGUUUAGUUUGUGUUUGUCUUUUCAACAUUCAUGUUUUUAAGGAUUUUGUAGAUAAUAUUAGUCUUUGGAAUCUGGAAACAGUUUAAGAUUUGUGUUUCUGGGUUUUGCUCUUUUUUAACUUAAUGGGGCAUUCACUAGUCUUUGCUAUUUGCUUUUCGUCUCUUUUAUUUAGUCCUUGUCUAUGUUCUUAUUUGGGUGAUCAAAAGAAAGACAAAAUCAAUGGGUUACCUCGUCAACCAGGAAAUGUUGAUUUUAAUCAGUACUCAGGUUAUAUAACUGUAAACCAACAAGCUGGGAGGGCUUUGUUUUAUUGGUUGAUAGAGUCACCGGCUAGUCGUGGAGCUCAGUCAAGACCACUUGUUUUGUGGCUCAAUGGAGGUCCCGGUUGCUCCUCUGUUGCGUACGGAGCAUCCGAAGAGAUUGGACCUUUUCACAUUAGGCCAGAUGGGAAGACGCUUUACUUGAAUCGUUAUGCUUGGAACAAGUUGGCAAACUUGCUGUUCCUUGAAUCUCCAGCUGGUGUUGGUUUUUCGUAUACAAAUACUAGUUCAGAUUUGUACACUGCUGGUGAUCAGAGAACAGCUGAAGAUGCAUAUGCCUUUCUUGUUAAUUGGUUUGAACGGUUCCCACAGUACAAGCACAGAGAUUUCUACAUUGCUGGGGAAAGUUAUGCAGGUCAUUAUGUGCCUCAGUUGUCUCAAAUUGUUUACCAAAAGAACAAGGGAAUUGCCAACCCAGAAAUUAAUUUUAAAGGAUUUAUAGUUGGAAAUGCCGUUACUGAUGAUUACCAUGAUUAUGUUGGCACUUUCGAGUACUGGUGGACUCAUGGUCUGAUAUCUGAUUCCACCUAUCGGAGCCUAAGAGCUGCUUGUGAGUCUGGGUCCUCUGAGCAUCCAUCCAUGGAGUGCAUUAAGGCCUUGAAAGAUGCAGAGAGGGAGCAGGGAAACAUUGAUCCUUAUAGCAUUUUCACGCAGCCUUGCAAUAACACUGGCUCACUAAGGCACGGCUUAAGGGGUCACUAUCCAUGGAUGUCCAGAGCUUAUGAUCCCUGCACUGAGAGAUAUUCUCAACUCUAUUUUAAUCUCCCUGAAGUUCAGAAGGCAAUGCAUGCAAAUGUAACUCGAAUUUCUUAUCCAUGGAGAACAUGCAGUGAUAUUGUAGGAAACUACUGGGCUGAUUCUCCACUCUCUAUGCUUCCCAUAUAUAAAGAACUCAUUGCUGCUGGUAUCAAAAUAUGGGUAUACAGUGGCGAUACCGAUGCAGUUGUUCCUGUGACAGCCACUCGAUACUCCAUUGAUGCCCUAAGGCUACCAACUUUAAUCAACUGGUACCCGUGGUAUGACAAUGGAAAGGUUGGCGGAUGGAGCCAAGUAUACAAAGGGCUGACACUUGUAACAGUGAAAGGCGCAGGACAUGAGGUUCCCCUCCAUCGUCCUCGACAGGCUUUUAUUAUUUUCCGAUCAUUUUUGGAGAACAAGCCGAUGCCAGGAUAAACAUGUUUAGUCCCAUUGACUGUCUACAAUGAAAAAGUGAAAGUAGAUCAUAGAUUUGUUCAUGUAUAUAGGAAGUGGUAAAAGCAUUCCUCUCGAGUGCCUCUCCAUUCUUGCCUCAACCGGGCAUCAUUUCUCAACUAUCUAUUUUUAAUAAGGAUUUUUAUUCUUUAUAGGGUUUCAAUCAAUAAUUGAAAUUUGUUUGAUUGUAGAAUAUUAUGAAAUCAUCGCUAGAUUAUUUCAGAUGUAAUUUUGUUGUAAUCUUAUGGCUUGAUGGUAAAUUCACUUCA